UCUCCCCCCGUGUGUCUGAGGUGGGGUGGGGAUGCUGCGUCUGUCCGAGCCUUGGCAAUGGCCUUCCCAGCGCCCAGGCCCCAGCUCUAUCGCUGGCAGCGCCUCACCGCCGCGGCCAGGCCCAAGCCAAAUUUUGACUCUGAUAAUGUGGAGCACUGGAUCAAGCGAGUGGAACAAGCCUCCGAGUUUGCCGUUUCUGAAGCUUUUUCCCUUAAAAAGUCAGCUUAUCCUCAAAGGCCACGUGGUCCUGUGCUGGAUCUGGAAACAGUAGAGCAGCUGCAGGAUCACGAUGAGGCUUAUGCAGAAGCCCAGGAGCUGCUCAAUGAUUGGAUGAAUUCCAAACUGAGACUGGAGCUAGAAAGUGACCAAGAAGAGAAUGUUGGAGAUAAUGCUGCUGAAGAGGCCCCUGCUGGCUUUGUGAAGUACGAGAGGUUUGAUGAUUUGUGUGGUUAUCUGGAACAAGAAAAGGAAAGUACCACUGUUCAGGAUUUUCUGCAGAAUCUUCUGCAAAAUGAAGUGGUAGAUUGUGGGAUAUUAGAAGGCCUCAGGAUUGAAGAAAUCAAGGAAAAGAAAAAAACAAGGGACCCACGAAUUACCAUGGAGCUAAGACACAAGCAGGUUAAAGAAAACUGUUUAAGGCGUCGGAAGGAGCUAGAGCUCCAGAGACGAGAAAAGACCCUGAAAAAAUUAGCCCUGGCUGAGGCUAAGCAGCGAGUGCAGGAGGAGAACAAAAGGCAGGCUCUGAAGGCCAAGAAGGAAGAAGAGGAGAUCCAGCGGGAGAUGGUGAAGCUGCGGAAAGAGAUGGCAGAGAAGAGGCACAUCAUGGGAGAAGCACAAAGAAUAGAGAGGAAGAGGCAAGAAUUAGAAAAAGCUCAGAAACUGGCAGCGGUGGGCCUGUCUCACACUACGCCAAAGCCCCUGGAGCAGGACAAAGAGGAGAAAAAAAGGAGAUUGCAAGAGCUGCUGAGCAAGAGUCACAGUGAAAACCAGAAAUGCCUACAGCAGCAUUUCUCCACUUGGUACAAACUCAUUCUGGAUCAUAGGAUUAAAAUGGGGAAAGCCAGGGCCCUUGCUGACUGGAAGUGCCAGCUGAAGGCCCUGCGAGCCUGGAGGGACUAUACAUGGGUCCAGAAGUUGGAGCAGGAGACUGAGCAGUUGGAGAUUCAUCUCAGGGAUCAAAACAGGAAAAAACAGUUGGCUAUUGAGCAUAACCGGAGACAGGUUUUACGGUGCUGCUUUAUAGAGUGGCAGCUCUGGAGCAGAGCUGAGGCUGAAAAGAGAAAGCUACAGCUGAGACAGAAGGAAACUAGGAAGAAGAUGGCACAGCUGCUGGAGGCAGCAUCAGUGGGGAAACUUGGCACAGACGGAUCAUGGGAUGUUGGCAGGACCAGGAUGAGAAAGGUGACCCAGGAUCAACCUGUGAGGCAAGAGGAGGGGUACAUACCAGCCAUAAACCAGAUGGACUUGGCCAGUUCAGGAGACUUGGAUGGUGUGGACCAACCUUGUAGCUCCUGUACCUCCUCCCACCCUGGGAUAGCACUACAAAUGGUGACUGAAACACCCCUUCUUCAGGAGGAGCCCAUCAAUCCUGUAGAACCCUGUUGUCGGGGUGCUGGUCAGACACCCAGUCUUCAUUCAUGCAAGAAGCCAAAGUAUGCCUGGCAGGUUACCCUACAACACGCUGCUGUGAAUUCACAGGAUCACGCUGAAUCCAGUCAAACAGUCAGUCCCAUACAAUGGUUUGGGGCACCUGGAAAAAAAGUGGCCCCUGCUUUCAGGGGCCACUUUGAGCACCGCUAUGCCUUCCAGCAGCAGCUGAUUGAGAAGCAGAGGAGGCAGCUUCAAGAACAGCAGGAGGUGAUCCUCGAACUGCAGGAAAACCAAUGGCUGAGGAGGGCUAAGCAAGAGGCAGAGCAAGCCACAGCUGUCACCAUGGCACUCAACAAUCCAGUCCCAAAAAUUAAGGAAAAAAUGCUGAAGAGAGGGGAUCUGUCAAGCUGCAAGAGUGUGUCAUCUUUAAGUUCACCUGUGCCUUUGGGGCCAAAGAGCACAAAGACCGUGACCCAAAGCCGAAGGAGCUCAAACCUGCUGAAAGCCAUGGAAGAGAGAGCAAUUCACCGAGCAGAACGGAGGAGGGAACUGGAAGAGGCCAAGAGAAAAAGAGAGGAGGAGAAACUGGUGCAGCUGAAGGCUGAAGAGGAAGAGCGUCAGAGGAAGGAGGCUGCUGAAAAAGAGGCCCAGCUGGAGAAGAGGAGGGAAGAGAGGAGACAGCAGAAAUUGAAAGAACUGGAGAAGCAGAGAAGGCUGGAGAAAGAGCAGCAGCUCCUGGCAAAAGCCAGAGACCAUUACGAGAAGGUCCUGCUGAGAAAGCAGGGGCUGGAGCCCUGGAAGAGGCUGAGGGAGCAAGCCAAGGAAAACAUGGUGGUGGCACAAAAGCACCACGGCUCGGGAUUGCAAAGAAAGUGCCUGCUGGCCUGGCUCUGGCACAUCCAGGAGAGCCUCGCUGAGAAGAUGGCUCAAGCUGAGGAAUUCUGGUCCCGCAUGUUACUCAAAAGGGGCUUCAGGAGCUGGUUAAAGUUCAAGGAUUCUCUCUCUGCUCUGGAAGAGAGAGCUAGCAGGCUCUAUGCAGCCUCCCUCAAGAAGAAGUUAUUCUGGGCAUGGUUUGACCUGCUCAACGAGGAGAAGAGUGCAUUAUGGGAAAAGCAGAAGAUCGCAGCUGAGCACAGUGAUAGGAGAAUAACACUGACCAUGUUCAGGGCCUGGAGGCAGUACCCAGCACUGAUGAAGGAGGAAAGAGAAAAAGAGGCAAGGAGAGAGCAGCUACGCAAGAGAGUAGCCGAAAUUCUCCCCGACUUCCAAAGAUGACAGGAAGGACUCUGGGCAACGCUCCCUCCUUGAUGAGCAGAGUGGACCUAAGUGGAAGGCUUCAGCUAGUGAUGUGAGCUUACCCCUGUGAAUGACAGGAGCUCUUCCUGGUUUGGUGCAGUGGGGGGCAAAGGAGGUGUUCUAGGGCCCAUGGCCACUUGUGUUUCAAGUGCCACUUUUACCGUUCAGUCUAACCUGAGGAUGACAGUGGAAACUGGACUGUUGGUGUCACUCUUUAGCCACAAGGCUGCUUUCCCACAGUGGGAACACACCAGAGCAACACCCCAUCAGACAGGCAGUGAGCAGGGCUAGAACACGAGAAUCAAGGCAGGAUAAAUUCCAGGCCAGAUGCACUUUGCUUCCAAACCUCCCCAGGGAUUUUUGCUGCCUUUAGCACAGGGCUGUCGAAUUGAAACACUGAACUUCCUCCCUAAGGGACAGGAAGCGCAGAACCGAAACGUGCCUUUUUGCACUGGAGCAGAGCCCGGGAAGUCUUUCUGUUGUCAGUACUCUUGCCUUGUGGUUUGACACAAUGUGGCUGUAUCUGCAAAUAAAGCAGCGGACGUGUUGUUCCUUGA